CAUAUACACACACAUGUGCACAUAUAUUUGCGUGUUUCUACUCAGUUCUGCAAAAUUUUUAGAAGUAUCGAUACGCGUUGGUGUAUUUUCGGUGGAAUUUUUGUGUGCAUGCACACAAAUACCACAAAAUUUCGCUAUUACGAGCUACGUUUAAGUAAAACAAAACGGGUUGAAUCGUAUCACAAAACCAUACCUUCGAAUUUGUUUUGUUGCUGCUUGGUAGUACUACAGUACAUUGGUACGUAGUUCACGUAGUCCCGUUGACGUCCUUGCGCCGUGUAUGUUCUGUCUCGGUCUGCGUUUCUUCACUUAUCCCUCUCGUUCGGGGUAAUUGUACAUACACGCGACACGCUAACGUAAUUUCGUUCAACGGUUUGAUUUAUUUUCGUUUAUUGUUUUUGUAAAUUCGUGCUGCAUCAACAGUGACUUCCUUUUAACAAAUGGCCACAAUAGAUGGUAGACCGGCGCAAUAUGGGAUUUCUCUUAAACAACUUCGAGAGCUCAUGGAGCAUCGAGGUAGGGAAGGCGUAGCAAAGCUAAGCGAAUUUGGCGGUGUCAAUAAAUUAUGCGACAAGUUGUAUACAUCACCAAACGAGGGUCUACGAGGAACCCGAACUGACAUUGAACAUAGGCGUGAAACAUUUGGUUCUAAUGUUAUCCCACCGAAACCCCCAAAAACGUUUUUAACAUUAGUCUGGGAAGCGCUGCAAGAUGUCACUCUAAUUAUUUUAGAAGUAGCUGCGUUAGUUUCUCUUGGUUUAUCAUUUUACAAACCCGCCGAUGAAGAUGCACCCCUCCUGCAAGAAGAAGAAGACCACCAUGGCUGGAUAGAAGGCCUAGCGAUUUUGAUCUCGGUUAUUGUUGUAGUAUUUGUGACAGCAUUCAAUGAUUAUUCGAAAGAACGGCAAUUUCGAGGCUUGCAAAAUCGUAUUGAAGGCGAGCAUAAAUUUUCGGUUAUACGUGGUGGGGAGGUUUGCCAAGUAUCUGUUGGUGAUAUUGUAGUUGGUGAUAUUGCACAGAUAAAGUACGGGGACUUGUUACCAGCGGACGGUAUCCUUAUUCAAAGUAAUGAUCUAAAGGUUGAUGAGUCAUCAUUAACGGGUGAAUCAGAUCAUGUAAAGAAGGGUGUCGACGUCGAUCCUACGGUACUUUCUGGUACACACGUUAUGGAGGGUAGCGGAAAAAUGAUAGUCACGGCUGUUGGUGUAAAUUCACAAGCGGGUAUCAUAUUCACACUACUGGGUGCUGCAGUUGACGAACAAGAGGCUGAACUGAAAAAGAGAAAGAAAGAAGCUAAAAAGGCGAGAAAGCAAGGCAAAGGCUUACCAGGUACUGAAGAUGGCCGAGCCCCAACAAAGAACAUGCACGCUCCACCACCACCAACAGAUGGAAUCAAAUCCGAAUCCGAUGGUAAUCAUGUGCAACAGGCGUCAUCACCUGCUGAAUCUGGCCAUAAAAAGGAAAAGUCUGUGCUUCAAGCGAAAUUAACCAAACUGGCUAUCCAAAUCGGUUAUGCUGGUUCUACAAUAGCCGUUUUGACUGUAAUUAUAUUGGUCAUACAGUUUUGCAUCAAGACCUUUGUUAUUGAAGAAAAGCCAUGGAAAAAUAUUUAUGCAAACAAUUUGGUCAAACACUUAAUUAUUGGUGUGACCGUAUUAGUAGUAGCAGUUCCAGAAGGUUUGCCGCUUGCUGUGACAUUGUCGUUGGCCUAUUCUGUAAAGAAAAUGAUGAAAGACAACAAUUUGGUGCGGCAUUUGGAUGCUUGUGAAACUAUGGGUAAUGCCACUGCCAUUUGCUCAGAUAAGACUGGUACACUAACAACAAAUCGAAUGACUGUCGUACAAUCCUACAUCUGUGAAAAAUUAUGCAAAGUACUCCCAACGUUAAACGAUAUACCACAACAUGUAGGCAACUUAAUAACCAUGGGUAUAUCAGUGAAUUCUGCUUAUACCUCCAACAUUAUG